AUGACAGAGCCCAUCUACGCUCUCGUGGAGUAUGAAGAUACAUAUGUCCAACCUUUGCUCCUUUCGGCUUUGCAGGCUGAGCUCCCUUCGGAUCGUCUCCGCCUCAUCCGCGAUGUCAGUGAUUUACCGGAACCAACCAAUCAUUUUCUACAGUGGCGGCAAUAUGAAAGUAUAGAUUUCGAGCAUCUGAUGAGUGCUCCAAACACCUGUCUGGCCAACAGCUAUGUCAUUCGCAAGGCCCUCAUUCGGAAGCAUUACUUGUCGACAACCAUCUCCCACUGGUCAACAAAGAAGCCAGAUACGCUGCUCAAGGCUCACGUGAAGCCCAGUGUGGAGUUUGAAGUUGACUAUGCUGAGUUUCUCGAUGAUGCUUUGCUCGAGGCGUAUGAGCUCAAAGAGAGCUGGGAGCGAAAUGACUCGCUACCUGAGGGUGACAGGAAAGAGUGGUGGAUCCUGAAGCCGGGAAUGAGCGAGCGUGGUCAAGGCAUUCGCAUAUUCAGCUCUGAAGAAGAGCUCACAGACAUCUUCACCGAAUGGGAUCCUCCUUCCGAUGACGAUGACGAAGCGGAUGACGAGACCUCGACGGACGGAGAUGGACAUCCUACUGCUGGCCGCACCCACCCCACUGAUGGGGGAGCUGACGAGAGGGCCCAUAACGACAUUGUCACAUCACAGCUGCGGCAUUUCAUCGCCCAGCCUUAUGUUGAUCCUCCCUUGUUGUUGCCGCAACCACAUGCAUCCGCCAAUCGAAAGUUUCACAUCCGCACAUAUGUUCUCGUUGUCGGUGCAUUGAAAGUCUAUGUCUAUAAGGAUAUGCUCGCGUUGUUCGCUGCAGACCCUUACGUAGCACCUCAGUCUGAGGCUUCACCCAACGAGGAUCUUUCAAGCCACUUGACGAACACGUGUCUACAGAGUGGAAGACGUGAGGGCAGCGUCCAUGCAUUCUGGUCCCUGCCUGAAAGCCUCCCUCAACUAGAGGGAACCGACUGGCGUGAUCGAGUGUUCAAUGAGAUCUCUUUGAUAACCGGUGAGCUCUUUGAGGCUGCGGCGAGGAGCAUGGGUAUCCAUUUUCAAGCACUCCCCAAUGCAUUUGAAAUCUUCGGUCUCGACUUUCUUGUCGAUGCGGACGGCACUACUUGGCUUCUCGAGGUGAAUGCCUUCCCUGACUUCGCGCAGACGGGACCUGAGCUCCAAGACUUGAUCUCCGAUAUGUUCCGAGAGGUUGUUCGUGUUGGUGUAGCCCCAUUCUUUGGUGUCGAGUCAACAACCCCAAAGGAAGCCAAAAUGGUCAACGUAUUAGACAUUGAUUUGGGGCGCCGAUAG